AUGCUUCUCCUAGACUAUCAGAACGUCCUCAUCCAGUCGGUGCUCACCGAGAGGUUCUCCGGUGCCCCUCCUGCCCACAUCGACCAGACCGUCUCCGACUUCGACGGUGUCAUCUACCAUAUUUCCACCCCCGAGACCAAGACCAAGAUCCAGCUUUCCAUCCAAAUAAGAUGCUACAAGGACCUGGUGAAGUACGGCGCAGAGCAGGUGCUCCAGAGGGAAUACGGCCAAUACGUUGUUCCGCCUGAGCCCGGCUACGACUUCUCGGUGUUGAUCGAUCUCGAGAGCCUCCCGGAGGAGAAGGAGGAGCGUGAUGCACUCAUCAUGAAGAUGGCGCUGCUGAAGCGCAAUGCCAUGGCUGCACCCUUCGAGGCCGCGUACGAGGAACACUACAAGCUGAAGGAGGAGGCGUCUAAGUACACUUCUGAGGAGGCACCUCAGGGUGUUCGGGAGGGCGGCGACGUUAUGGCUAUCCACUACCGCGAGGAGGAGGCUAUCUACGUCAAGGCCAGUCACGACCGUGUCACCGUUAUUUUCAGCACUAUCUUCCGCGAGGAGACGGAUCGUGUCUUUGGCAAGAUCUUCAUCCAGGAAUUCGUUGAUGCCCGACGGAGAGCCAUCCAGAACGCACCACAGGUGCUUUUCAGGAACGACCCUCCUCUGGAGUUGCAGGGAGUUCCCGGAGUCAGAGACACUGGCACCGGUGAGAUCGGAUAUGUCACCUUUGUUCUUUUCCCUCGCCACCUCACUCCUCAAAGAAUGCCCGAUGUCAUUUCCCACAUCCAGACGUUCCGCGACUACUUCCACUACCACAUCAAGGCCUCCAAGGCCUACAUCCACUCGCGUAUGCGCAAGAGGACAGCAGACUUCCUCCAGGUUCUACGCCGUGCACGACCAGACAGCGAGGAGAAGGAGCGCAAGACGGCGAGCGGUCGCACUUUCAAGGUGCAGGGAGCGUAA